AUGGUGAGGGAAGGUGACAGGAAAAGAGAGAGAUUUGAAGCAACUGGAGCCUCAUCGCACAUCGAUUCUAAGAAUAACAUGGGAAAGAACGCCACAGGAAAUGGUGCACCCAGUACGGUAUUAUCCAUACCAAAGAAGAAGAAGAAGAAGAAGUCAUACCAAUUCGCUCCUAUGAACAACAUAGAGACAAAACCCGCCGAUGAAACAAACGUUCUUAGAUCAAUAUCUGUAUCACAGGUACGGAAUACCGCUAAGAGGCAAAACGUCAACAAUUUGAAAUCUGAUAACGGGGAAAAACUGGGACCUUUGAAGGUAGUCGAGAGAAAUACCGUGCCAAUUACUAAAAGAAAUAUACCGAAAGACGGUUCCCCCAAGCCUAGUUUGAGUGGUGCCAAUGCCCCCACUGAGGAAGUUGUAUGGAACUACACACCGGAUGAUAAACUAUCUUCGGACAAGAUAACACCAAGCCACAUUGAUUCAUCGGAUGAUUCUGAUAAAAUGGAUGAUAACUUGAAAAAUCCGUCAUCAACUCCCAUGAUUGCUAGUCGUUGGAAGAGCAUAUUACGCUUUGAGAACACGCAGUGUGGGGAAAAGUCGAAUAAUGAUGGAGAAUUUAAUAAUGCAGCAGGUGUAUUGAAGUCAGAAACACGCUCUGAAAAUCAAAACACGGGCGACAAGAGCUCAGUAAGAGCAAUCGAUGACAUUUUAGAACAUUUGAUGUGCGAUCCUAGGGAGAAGCAAACAAAUCAGUUGAAGUUUAAUGAUUUGCCAUCUUCUCCCGUACAAACUGACAAGACACAACCUAGUAACACUUUUGGACAGGAAAAUAGUUCCGAGGACCCAGGCAAAGGUAAUGAACCAAAAGCAACUGUAAACAUGAAUGACACUUCAGACCCAUUUGAUGAGAGUGGCGAUGAUUCUAUAUUGAGAAUAGCUACACAAAAUACUGUCACAGGAGUCGUUAAGAGGAAAGAAUCUCUUGAUGUAAAGACAACACAUUCUGAUUUAUCAAAAAUACGAAAGCUAGGUAAAAACACUGCCUUGCAAUUGGAACAAGAACCGAACCCAUCUUCUCCUAAAAAGAAUGAACUUCAAGCCAGCUGUCUUGAAAAUUCAUUUGAUACACUAAAAAUCAAAUCGCUUCUAUCCUCACCACUGAUACAACCCAAAAUAGAUACCGAAGAAAGUAAUGAUUCAUUUAGUGAUUCUGAUGACAUGCUCUUCGAGUUGUUAAAAAAAAACCUUACAGAAAGAAAUGGACAAACUUCUGGUGACAGUAAAAAAGCAAAUAAUGGUGAACGUGAAAUACGAAAUAUCAUAACAAAAGGUCCAAACAGCGACUUGAGCUGUGACGAGAGAUACGAAAAACUAGCACGUUGUGCGACGGAAAGGACUGGUGUUGUGCGUUUAGUUGUGACGGCAAUAACCAGAAUGGAGUUGCCUAAAUUUGGAGAACAAAAGGUUCUUUCAUGCAAAGGAACCAAUGGCCGAGUAGAGUCUGUGAUUUUGCGCCAUCCGUGGGUUUAUCUAGAUAUAGAGGAAGAGGAUAUCAUUCACGUUAUUGAAGGGAAUAAUUUUCCGAAUAAACGCUUACUUUCUGAUGACAAAGAUUCGAAGACAGGGCUUUCCAAUGACAAUUUAUUGAUUUUGAACCCAGAUAUCUUGCUAUCAGCUACUGCCAUUGGAGGCAGUAUCCGAUGCCUCAGGAGUGGACUAAUAGGAUGCUUCUUUCAAAACACACACGGGGAACCGAGCAUUGUUAUGACUGUGGGUAACAUUGUACAUGAAUUGCUUCAAAGCGCUCUGAAGUAUAAGUUAUCACACUCCAGUGUAAGUAGAGAAAUUUUAGAAAGGAAGUUGGACGAGAUUCUAGAGUUAUACUUAUUUGCAAUUAUUAUCUGCGACGAGGAUGUUAAACAGGUUCGCAAUGAUAUCAUUGACACCCAUGUAAAAAACAUCCUUGAAAUUGUCAACAAGUUCACCCAGGAAAAUAAUUAUGGCUGCUAUGUUUCCAUUUCUGGUACAAGAAGAACCGAACCGCUCUCUAUCUCGAACGUAAUUGAUAUUGAAGAAAAUAUUUGGUCUCCGAUGCUUGGUAUCAAAGGGUUUAUUGACGCAACCGUAAUUGCUCAUGCGACAAACAGCCAUCAAAUAGUCCCAUUUGAAAUAAAAACAGGUAAAUUCAAAAGCGUCGCUCAUGAAGCCCAAGGUUUAAUUUAUACCUUAUUACUUAGGGACAGAUACGAAAUUCCAGUAGAUUAUUUUCUGCUCUAUUAUACGAGAGAAACGUCAAUUAUGAAAUUUCCAUUUAUUCUGCAUUCGAUUAAACACAUUUUGAUGGCAAGAAACAAGUUGGCACACGAAUUGAAGUACCGUACUAGAGAAGUUUUUUCGACUAAAUUGCUAACUCUCAAUCUUCCCAACUUAUCAGAAUCGUCAUAUUGUGAAGUCUGCCCGAACAAACUCGAAUCCUUUAUUAUAUCUAGACUUCUAACACCCGAAGCAUCGCCAGAAACCCACAGCUCUCAAGAAGAGUACCUCAUACUUACAGAAUACCUAAAUUCCAACAUACAGACGUAUCGUGAAUUUUUUGUGAAGUACAACGACUUGAUUUUUAAGGAAGAAUCUUCAGUGCUAUGCUCUAAUUCGGAAUUUUUUCGACUAGAUAGUCGAACCAGGGAAACCCAAAACGGAUUGACUUUAUCAAACUUAAUUGUUAGUGAAUUUGCACCUAAUCCAUCUUUACUGGAUUCCUUUCUAUACACUUUCGUCCGGAAUCCAGAAGUGGCGUCAACUAUUCCUAUGUCGUCGUCGCGUAUCGCCCCCAAAGAUUAUAUUUUCGUUAGUGAUGAGUCUGGCCAUUUCGUUCUUUCUCAGGGAGAGGUUUUGCAUGUUUCGGAUACCUCAAUCACUGUAGCUCUGAAACGCCAACUGCUGACCAACACUCACUACACUAAAAACUCAAAGACUUGCAAUAAUUAUGAGCAAAUCGAGAGUGUACUAAUACCGAAAACUAACGAAGAGAAGCUAAUUCAAAGUCAAAAUACCGUGACUUACAGGAUUGACAAAAAUAAUAUGCAACAAGAUAUGUCGACGUUGAGAUACAAUGUUUUGAACCUAUUCAUGCCCCCAGUUGUUGCCGGCGGAGUGCUCACUGAUGAAAAAACCAAGAAGACAAAAGUCAUGAAAGCAUCUGAUGGGGGUGAUUCUAAAACGAGACAGCUACUACUUGAUGACCGAAAACCACGCUUUAUUCCUACAGAUCGUCCCUUUUUAAUUAACUACGAUGAACGUAAAGUGUCCAAUUUUAAUGAGGACCAGAAGAGAGCUUUAGACCACGUGUUUCGGUGCAAAGAUUAUAGUUUGAUUCUUGGGAUGCCCGGAACCGGUAAGACGACAGUGAUUUCUGAAAUGAUUAAGGUAUUUGCGGCCAAUGGGAAGAGCGUGCUGCUGACUUCCUAUACACAUUCUGCAGUGGAUAACAUUUUGUUGAAAUUGCUAGACACAGAUUUAAAUAUCAUAAGGUUGGGCAGCAACUCCAAAAUUAACCCCAAAACACAGUGUUACCUGCCCAAUUAUGAGAACGUGAAAACGUUUCAGGAUUAUAAAGAUAUAAUCGAUGGCGCGUCGAUCGUGGCAACUACAUGUUUAGGCAUCAAAGAUUUUCUGUUCUCCUUGAGGACCAAAGAUUUUGAUUACGUGAUCCUAGAUGAAGCUAGUCAAGUCUCUCUACCUGUGGCGCUUGGACCUCUACGCUACGGGGAAAAGUUUAUUCUUGUUGGAGAUCAUUACCAGCUCCCACCAUUAGUCAGGAACGAGGCCGCGAGGCUAGGAGGAUUAGAGGAUUCGUUGUUUAAGAUUCUUUCCGAGCGCCACCCUGAGAGUAUGGUGGAACUGACUUUCCAAUAUAGGAUGUGCAAGGACAUCAUCAAGCUAUCGAAUUUACUGAUUUAUGAGGAUAAAAUGAAAUGUGCGAACGAGACUGUUCAGCAACAAUCGUUAUCCGUAGCUGAGAAUUACCGGGAUAUAAUAGGUGGGUUCAGGAUCAAAGCGAAUGACUCUACUUCCCAAGAUUGGUUGUGCGAUGCAGUGAAUCCAGAUAAUAAAGUUGUAUUCUUGGAUUACGACAACUGUCCAGGUAUUAGCGAAGUUGCUAAAGGUGACAAUAUCACGAACUUGGGCGAGUCCGUGCUGAUUCAGCUAUGUCUCGAGGGGAUGUUUCAAGUUGGCGUGUCAUGCGAGGAUGUAGGCGUAAUGUCACUGUAUCGUGCACAAUUGCGAUUACUAAAGGAAAAGCUUGCAGAUUACGAAAACAACGGGCUCGAGAUCCUCACUGCUGACCAAUUCCAAGGCAGGGACAAAGAAUGUGUUAUUAUAUCGAUGGUUCGGUGUAACGACGAGUUGAACGGGGGGUCUCUUCUCAGGGAAUUGAGACGUGUGAACGUUGCUAUGACAAGGGCCAAGUCGAAGUUAAUCAUUGUCGGGUCCAAAACCACUAUUAACUCUGUUGGCGAGAUCAACCCGCUGAUGAAGUUCAUUGAGGAGAACUGUUGGGUGCACCGCUUACCCUCUGACGCGCUAAGCAUGUACGACUUUGCAUAUUCAUCAAAUACAUAG